GACAUUCAUCUUCUAAAUAGUUUACACUAUCACAAGCAUUGGGAGCACCUUGUCAAAUGCGUGAGCCAUGUUUCCUCCAAUUGAAACUUCAAUUUCGUUAAACUUGUUGGGUUAUACGUUGACUUUUCAAUCUUAGCACGCCAAACAACAGCCAGGACUCUUGUUGAUUUGUAUUGAAAUAGUUCAGUUUAGUUCCACCCACCACCAAAGGUGGUGUGGGUUUCGUAAUGAGAAAAUGGACAGAAAAAAAGGCCCCAUAGAAAAACCCCCCAAAAAAAAAAACAAAUGAAAAGAAAAGAGAAGGGUAAGCUGCGCGCAGUGAUAGCAGCCAUAACGGAGGAAGUGGACACCAUUCGAAAUCCAAAGGAAGCCGAGUAUUAGAGGAAUUGGAGGAGGGAGGAUGGGUCAUGGUGUACACAGUACCAGAGGAACCACUUUACCAUUUUGUUGUUAUUCUUGUUCAGCUCGGUCCUCCUCGUCGGUUUCUCUGACUCAUGGGCAGCGUCCUCCGAGUCUUGGCCCAAGUUGUGUGAGGUACGCGGUGCUUGGUGCUGGCUUCGCCGGCCUCUCAGUUGCGUGGCACUUGUUAAAGCAGAGUCCCAAAGACUCGUGUAUACGCAUUGACAUUUACGAUGAAGUUGGAAUCGGAGGAGGUGCAUCGGGCGUUUCAGGAGGCCUUCUUCACCCUUAUUCCCCUAAAGCCAAGCUUCUAUGGCGUGCUGCCGACUGCUGGAAUGAAUCUUUAAACCUUUUGAGCGUUGCCGAAGCAGCAGCAGCUUCUGCUGCUCAAAAUCCUAAUGAAGACGACCCAUUGCCAAUUGUUAGAAGAAGGGGCAUCUUGAGACCAGCCCUGAGCAUGAAGAACUUGAUGAUGUUGAAAGAUAAUGCCCAGAAUUGCCUUGCCAGUUGCAGAAUAGAAACCAUUGACAACGAUGCUGCCCAAAAUCUUCUACCCAGUAUAUGUGUACCUUUCAACACCUCAUUUUAUAUGCCUGAAGCUGUUAAUAUUUAUCCUCAACGCUAUUUACAGGCACUCUUCUUAGCAUGUCAAAAUUUGGUGAAGGAACUAUAUUCUGAUGGCUUUGGAGUAAAAGAAUUACAUUUGCACAAGAGUUCUGUCCACAAACUCCUAGACCUAGAAGGGGAAUACCAGGCAGUAAUAGUAUGUCUAGGUGCGAAAGCAGACUUGCUUCCUGAGCUCUGUGGGAGGCUUCCUUUGAGGACAUGCAGAGGUGUCGUUGCACAUCUUCAGCUUCCUGAUCAUUUAGGAGAGGAGUAUCCAAGUCUUGGCCCCUCGAUAUUGUCAGAUGCUUGGCUUGCUGUGCAAGGUCCUCGAAAUUUAUAUUUGGGCUCAACAUGGAAAUGGAAAUCAAGAAACUCAUCACCAAAUGUAUGUGCAGAUGAAGCCACAGAAGCCCUUAACGAGCUUCUGCCGAAGGCAUGUGCCAUUUUUCCUGCUCUAAAGGAUUGGAGCUUUGCUGGAGCCAGGGCUGGCCUGAGGGCAAUGCCACCACUCACUCCUCAUGGCUCACUUCCCCUUUUGGGUUGUGUCAAUGACAUUGUAGGCGAAAACCGAACCUCCAACUACUGGUUAUUUGGAGGGCUUGGUUCAAGGGGAUUGUUGUACCAUGGUUGGCUUGGGAAGUUGAUGGCAGAAGCUGUGCUUUCAUGUAGAGAAGAAUUAAUCCCAGAUGAAUUAACCUCCUGGAAGAAAAGAAGACAAUAAUUAAUACAUAACUCUUUGUUCAUUUAUGUUAGCUCUUUGAGUUAAGGUUCCAGCUUUUUAUCAAUGCUGAACCUUUUCUUAACAAAGGGAAUGCCCUCCUACAAGAAAAAUUAAAAAAGCAAAAUUCAUAUGCCGCAAAAUUUGGCGACUGUUUUCGUAUUUUAUAUAUUAUUUGUGUGUGAGUUUAAUAUCUUAUCGUCUCCCUCAAUUGGAAAAGUUCUAAAAAGACCAAUACUGAACUCCCCAAAACCCUAAUGGAUAUAUAUUUUUCUUCUGUGGAUUCAUUUGUCCCCGAUCCGUUGGUAUUUUAGUCUGCUUUGCCUUUAUCCUUAGAAACAAAGAGUAUGUUGUCCAGCUUGCACAUGGAGGGGUUGUCUCGUUCGGAGCAGUAGGGGUACACAGAAUAUAAAUUAUCUGUGUUCAUAUUGGUGUAAUCUUUUAAAAAACCAUAUCUAGGUGUGUUAUACCAAGUGAAAAUCCAACAAGGAUCAGGAGCAAUUAUGGGGGGAAGACCAGGAGGAUCAAUUAGAGAUCACGGUCAAGAUCCACCUCCAGUGCUUCAUCCUGUAACCAAGUUUUUUUUAUAAGAACGAUGAUGAGGAUCUCUGGAUCCGUAUUUGGUUGUAGGAGAUGACAUGUAUGCUCUAUCCUCCUCCAGGUUUGGGAUGGUUACAAAGGUCUCCUUCGAUUCUAGUAUGUAUUCUAUAAGCAAACCCUUGACACUAGAGGGUUUGAAAUACUAGGAAGAGUAUUAUUCGUCAUAUAGAGAAUAUGCAUAUUGCACAGAGUGUAUGGUUCAUUUUGGGAACUUGGAUUUUUGUCUUGUCCAGACUGCCGUUGACGAUCACCACUUUCCGAAUUGUUGAUGAAGGAGAAGGAAGCUUCAUCAUCAAGACCUUGCGUUCAACUUCUACAUCGGUUUCAGCUUCUCUCCGUAACUUCCUUCCUUGAAUUCAUGUUUCUCUUUAAUUUCUUCUUCUUCUUCCCCUUGUACUAAAUUCAAUCUACUUAGUUGUUGUUUAUAUGAUUUUAUAACUCACAGAUUGUGAGGAUAACGAACCUAAAGGAGGAGGAGGAGGAGAAGAAGGAGAAACAACGUGCCAGGUAGGUAACUUUACCAUCUUUCAUUGCCCCUAAUCAAGUUGCUUUAGAAUUAUUAAUUAUUAAAGAAAAUGAGUGGAAAAGAAGAGGAACAUUUGUCUUUGUUGAUUCCUUCACUAAAUAUAAGCGAAGCAUGCUGCAGCUUUGCUUGAUAUUUUUCCCUCGUCUAAAAACAAAGGUGAUGUAUGUGAAAUCUUUUUAUUUAUUAAUGCCAAGCCAUGAAUCAAAUUCUGCACGUCUUUUAGAGUAGUUUUUGUUAGUCUUUGUGGUUUCUGAUGAUGUACGGUAUAGCCUACGGGUGUGUUUCACAGCAGGGACUAGUGGAAAAGAGACGCAACGGGAAGCGCCGGACCCAAAAAAAAGCCCCCCAAGUCUAUUAAAUCCUUGGGCAUCUGUUUGAAGAGACGCUUCAUUUUGGGCAAACCCUCAAGUUGAAUUGAAUUGAAUUGGAAUUUGGCAAUCACACUCUUCAUGCUCUCUCUCGUGAAGUUGGGUUUGUUAUGACAUUAUUAGAUGAAAGACUCAGUAUUAGAGAAGUGGGUUUUUACUGUUUAACUCUUUUACUGCCUUGCCUGCCACUAUCCGAUUGAGAGAGAGUUUUCACCAGCUGCUUAAUUACUUUCUCCCUUCAUUCUGGACUUGUAAUCUGCAUAAUGUUACUUGUUAUUAGUAAAUUUGUGCUCUAAAGAUUGGUGAUUUAUUUUAGUAAA